UCCUCCACGUGGGGACGCAGGAUGGCGGCGGCGGCGGUGUCAGUGGCGGUAGCAGCGGCUGCGCCUGACAUGCAGAGGCUACUAGUGCAGUUCCAGGAUGAGGGCGGGCAGUUGCUGGGUGCCCCGUUCGACGUACCGGUGGACAUCACCCCGGACAAGCUGCAGCUCGUGUGCAACGCGCUACUGGCCCAGGAGGAUCCCCUGCCGCUGGCCUUCUAUGUCCAUGAUGCUGAGAUUGUGUCCUCUCUGGGGAAGACGCUGGAGUCUCAGGCAGUGGAGACAGAGAAGGUCCUCGACAUCAUCUAUCAGCCUCAGGCUAUCUUCAGGGUCCGAGCCGUGACCCGCUGCACCAGCUCCUUGGAGGGUCACAGUGAGGCUGUCAUUUCCAUAGCUUUCAGCCCCACAGGAAAGUACCUGGCCAGUGGCUCCGGGGACACCACUGUGCGCUUCUGGGAUCUCAGCACUGAGACGCCACAUUUCACAUGCAGAGGUCACAGACAUUGGGUGCUUAGCAUAUCCUGGUCCCCAGACGGCAAGAAGCUGGCUUCUGGCUGCAAGAAUGGCCAGAUUCUCCUGUGGGACCCAAGCACUGGGAAGCAGGAGGGCAGGCCCCUCGCCGGCCACAGCAAGUGGAUCACGGGCCUGUGCUGGGAGCCCCUCCAUAAGAACCCCGAAUGCCGCUACUUGGCCAGCAGCUCCAAGGACGGCAGUGUGCGGGUGUGGGACACGAUGGCAGGCCGCUGUGAGCGCAUCCUCACUGGGCACACACAGUCGGUCACCUGCCUCCGGUGGGGAGGGGACGGGCUGCUUUACUCCGCCUCCCAGGACCGCACCAUCAAAGUGUGGAGAGCUCACGAUGGUGUGCUGUGCCGGACGCUGCAAGGCCAUGGCCACUGGGUGAACACCAUGGCGCUCAGCACUGACUAUGCUCUACGCACUGGGGCCUUUGAGCCCGCCGAGGCCUCUGUUAACGCCCAAGACCUCCAAGGGUCCUUGCAGGAGCUGAAGGAGAGGGCUCUGAGUCGGUACGACCUCGUACGGGGUCAGGGUCCAGAAAGAAUGGUGUCCGGCUCAGAUGAUUUUACCCUAUUCCUGUGGACCCCUGCGGAGGACAAGAAGCCCCUUGCACGGAUGACAGGACACCAGGCCCUUGUCAACCAGGUGCUCUUCUCCCCUGACUCCCGCCUCAUCGCCAGUGCCUCCUUCGACAAGUCCAUCAAGCUCUGGGAUGGCAGGACUGGCAAGUACCUGGCCUCCCUGCGGGGCCACGUGGCAGCUGUGUACCAGAUUGCAUGGUCAGCUGACAGCCGGCUCCUGGUCAGCGGCAGCAGUGACAGCACGCUCAAGGUUUGGGACGUGAAGGCCCAGAAGCUGGCAACCGACCUGCCCGGCCAUGCCGAUGAGGUAUAUGCUGUGGACUGGAGUCCUGAUGGCCAGAGAGUAGCAAGUGGUGGGAAGGACAAGUGCCUGCGGAUAUGGAGGCGAUGA